AUGAAGUGUUUUGCAUGUGAUGUAUGUGGCAAGAUUUUCAGCAGAAAAUCACAUAUAGAGAAACAUAUGAGAGUACACACAAAAGAGAAGCCAUACAGCUGUGAAAUUUGCAGCAAAGCCUUCUCUGUGAAAAGUAAUCUUACAGUGCACUGGAGAGUACAUAGAAAGGAGAAACCGUAUACUUGUGACCUUUGCUAUAAAGACUUUUCACGAAAAUCUACCUUAGUGAGACACAUGAGAGUACAUACAAAAGAGAAACCAUGUAUUUGUGACAUUUGCAAAAAAGCCUUUUCUGAGAAAGGUUCGCUGGUAAAGCACAUGAGAGUACAUACAAAGGAGAAACCGUAUAUCUGUGACAUUUGCGAAAAAGGUUUCUCAGAUAGAUCUACUUUAGUGAUACACAUAAGAGUACAUACAAAAGAGAAACCAUAUAUCUCUGAGAUUUGCAAUAAAGGCUUUUCAGAUAAAUCAACCUUAGUGAAACACAGAAGAGUACAUACAAAGGAGAAACCAUAUAUCUGUGACAUUUGCUAUAAAGACUUCUCAGAUAGAUCUACCAUAGUGAAACACAGAAGAGUACAUACAAAGGAGAAACCAUAUAUCUGCUUCUCAGAUAGAUCCAACUUAGUGGGACACAUAAGAGUACAUACAAAGGAGAAACCAUAUAUCUGUGAGAUUUGCAAAAAAGCCUUCUGUGAGAAAGGUUCUCUAGUAGUGCACAUGAGAGUACACACAAAGGAGAAACCAUAUAACUCCUUCACUCGGAAAUUUCAUCUUGUAAGGCACAUUAGAUUACAUACAAAGGAGAAACCAUAUAGCAGUGAGAUUUGCAAUGAAGACUUCUCAGAUAAGUCUGUCUUAGUGGAUCACAACAACAGAAGAGAGUACAUGGAAAGGAGCAAUGUGCCUGAGGAUUCACCAAGAAAUAUGAUUCAGUGA